UAUCAAUUCGUUUUUAAAAGAAAAGAAAAAAAAAUAUUUGUUUUUGUGCGUUUAGGUAAUGUUUACCACCCAAGUAUCUAGCAAUAUCCACGGAAGAAUUUCCAGAAAAUGAAUGAUACUGUACCGUACAAGAGGAGUUGAUGAUCUAUCUAUAAAGAGUGAAACAAACAAACACAAAAUCAAGAGAAAGAAGCCGAGAAAAAUGGGUUCUCUCCCACCACCGCCAUUGCCGGAAAAGCAAGAAGGGUCCGCGGAUAUUGACCCGACCCAUUUGCUGAGCCUCUUCAAGGCACAGCAGAAGUACCUCAACCAUUUCUUCCAGAACCUCGAUCUCUCCCAGACCCUAACCUUCGCCCACACCCUCCUCAAUGCUCAGGGCACCAUUUUCUUCACCGGCGUCGGCAAGUCCGGCUUCGUCGCCCAGAAGAUCUCCCAGACGCUCGUCUCUCUCGGCAUCAAGUCCGCCUUCCUCUCCCCUCUCGACGCGCUCCACGGCGACAUCGGCAUUCUCGCCCCCCGGGAUCUGCUCGUCAUGUUCAGCAAGAGCGGCAACACCGACGAGCUCAUGCGCCUCGUCCCCUGCGCCAAGGCUAAGGGCGUGUUUCUCAUCUGCGUCACCUCUGUUAGCCCCAAUUCCUUGAUGGCCGUUUGCGAUCUCAACGUGCAUUUGCCUCUCGAGAGAGAAUUGUGCCCCUUCGAUUUGGCCCCCGUCACCUCCACCGCUAUCCAGAUGGUGUUCGGAGACACCGUGGCGAUUGCGUUGAUGGCCGCCAAGAAUCUCAGCCGCGACGAGUACGCUUCUAACCACCCCUCCGGCAGGAUUGGGAAGAGCUUGAUCUUCAAGGUGAAAGAUGUAAUGAAGAAGAAAGAAGAACUUCCAAUUUGUAAUGAAGGAGAUCUCAUUAUGGACCAGUUAGUAGAGUUAACGAGCAAAGGAUGUGGAUGCCUCCUCGUUAUCGAUCACGAUUAUCAUCUGCUAGGCACAUUUACUGAUGGUGACUUGCGUCGCACAUUGAAAUCUAGUGGUGAAAGGAUCUUCACCCUCACAGUAGGAGAGAUGUGUAACAGAAACCCAAGAACAAUUUGCCCUGAUGCAAUGGCAGUUGAAGCAAUGCAGAAGAUGGAGUCCCCGCCAUCCCCUGUUCAGUUCUUGCCAGUCAUCAACGAUGACAACGUCUUGAUUGGUAUUGUGACUUUACAUGGGCUCGUUUCGGCUGGCUUGUGAGUUUCUGUCAUUAGUUCAAUGAUUAUCACGAUUCACAUUGUAUAUUGUUCAUUUACUGUGUUUAAAUGGUGUGCGCGAGGAGAGGAGAAUUCUAUUCUUGUAAUUGUUAUUCGAUUACUAUUGUUGUAUUGAAGAAUGAGAAGUUUUUAGUUGUGAUCUGUUAGUUGCCAGUCUCUUAUAGAUGGGACUGUGUAGCUUAGAUUUCUAGGAUUGUAAUCACUAAUCAGUGAGAGGCCUCCAAUGUUAAGCUAUUUGCUUUCAGUUUCUGCUUAAUUUCAUCUUUCUUCCCAUUUAGUUU